UCUACUUAGUUACUUAGAGAGAGAGAGAGAGAGAGAGAGAGAGAGAGAGAGAGGGAGUUGUUGAUAUUCAUCUCUAUAUAUAUUUGGUUGUUCACCUCUCUUUGUGUUAUUAAAAGGAAAAUCCAUUAGAGGGUAUUCUUUGUGAAAAAAGAUGAAUGUGUUGGCCUCAGAAUGCAGUAGUGGUUGUGAGUCUGGUUGGACUCUAUACUUGGAACAGUCUAAUUUUCUUUCUCAUAAUCCAAGUGCUUCACAUAGAGAUAGUGGUUUCUGUGAUGAGUACAAGGAUAAAAGAAGUAAACAAGCUGAUGGAGAUGAGGAGGAUGAAGAAGAAGAGGACCAGUCAAUGGUUUCUGAUGCAUCUUCUGGGCCUCCACAUUUCAAUGAAGAUGAAGUUUACUUAGAUGAUAAUACAAAUAAUAAUAUUAAUGGGUGUUUCUAUCCUCCAUCCAAGGAUCUUGGACCUUUGAAGUUUACAGGAAAAAAGCAGAGAAUCAAAGAAAAAGGUAGGCGCUCAUGUGGUGAUCAACAACAACCACCAUCUUUUCUAGAUGACACUGCCAGCUCUCCUGUAUUCAACUACUCCAAGAAUAACUUCAUUGUGUCCAAUAAUCAAGCUUCUGGGGGUAGUAGCAGUGUCCUGGAUUAUUCACAAGGCUUCUCAUCUACUCAUUUUCAGGGGAGAUCUGCAUACCAAGACCACUUUGGUUUCCUACAAUCUACUCUAUCUGGAAAUAACCUUCAGAACAACCAAUGGUUUCAAGGGUAGGGGAUUGGCAUGAGAUGAAGGAAAGGGAUAUCUUCAUCAUCAGUUGCUGGUCUCUUCUUCUUUCUACCACUACAGCAGCUGCUGUAUUAGUUUCUCAAGUAGAGAUGGUGGGGAGAGGCUGCAAAAAGUAGAAGGAAUUGGAUCUCAAAAGGGAUCUUGCAUGUUCCUUUUUCUUUUCUUUUUCUUUUCUCCUUUUACCUGUCAAUGCAGUGGGAAACAACCUAAGAGAGAAGAAGUUAGAAAUAAAUUUUCAUGCUUCCAAAAUUAAAUUAAAUUUUUUGUCAA